AUGACCAAAUCAAGUAAAUCAUCUGACCAUAAAGUCAGUAAAAGAGAGUCAAAAGGUAAAAAGGAUAAAUCCAAAUCGAAAGAUAAGAAAAGCAAAAGUUCAAAUAAGGCCAAAGUUUCAGAAUUAAUGCAAUAUGCUGAAUCAUUAUCAAAGCCCAUCCGGGAAGCUUUCCUGAGCAUGAAUCACAUGAAUAUCAAAAGUGCAAAAAACGUCUUAAUUUGGGAGGAUAGAUUAUUUUCCACCAUGGAUAAAUACCCAAAGCUUUUCAAAUUAUGGGCAAGCGAUGCUUACAUUAAUGGAGAGAAAUACCAUUUCGAAAAGGAGAAAAAAUGGCAUUAUAAGUCUCGUAAAGAACAAAAAGUUAUUAUUGAGGAGAUGGAACGUUUAGUGACUGACACGAUCUCACAAAAAAUUGAUCGGAAAGACAUCGAAGAUGUUACAGUUGGAAAAUUAAUGAAUUUCAUUAAGGUUUUUAGAAGUCCCGAUUUAGGUUUAGCAAUUAGUGAGAGAAUGAAAUAUAUUGCAGAUUCAUAUUAUGAAAAACCAGAAACACCGGGAUCAUACGUCAGAAAGGUAAUCAACAUCAAACAUCAUUGCAGAAAUUCUAUCGAUCAGUUCAUCAACGCAUUACCAGAUUCAACAGAGCACUGUAUAACCAUGACUUAUGGAUAUCAAAAUGAACGUGAUGGAUGCGGUAGCAUAGCCCAAUCUAUAUAUCUCAAGGAGUAUCACAGAUAUAAGAAAGAAUUAAUGGAACAUGGAAAAGUUGGGGAAAUUAAGUUACAAAAUCUUGAGGAAGUAUUUCACGAAAUUUUGUCACAUCCAGAUUAUGGAGUAAAAGCAAGCCAACAGAGAAAUACAAGGCAGCAUGCCAUUCCAUAUGCUAAUAGAAAUAACGGUCAACAAACCUCGGGAUACAAACCAACGCUUCAAAUUGCUGGCGGACAAAAUAAUGGUGGACAAUAUUAUGGUGGACAAUAUAAUGGUGGACAACAUAAUGGUGGACAAUAUAAUGGUGGACAAUAUAAUAAUUCAAAUCAAGGAGGAUUGAAGACUGCUGGUACAAAUAAAUAA